AUGCAGCCAGUCCUCAAGAGGACGGCAUUGUCCCAGCUGGAGGGGGCCGAAGGCACAGUCAGUCGCCUGUUGGCUGACAUCCGUACCCUGGUAGAAGCGGGCCAGCUCCAGCAACAGCCUCUAGAUUCAAGACGAGUGUACAGUGGGGCCAACUAUUCGACCAAAGGGUACUGGCCCGUGCCCUUCAACUCCUCCUUCAGAAAGCCGGUGAUGUGGAGCGGAACCCUGGACCGUCACAUCUCUGGCUGGACCGCGCCCAGAGGGAGUCGAUUCGUGAUGGCCACCAAGAGUGGGUCUGCUGUGCUGGCCGAGAGGAGGAAGAUGGCCGACCAUUAUCGGUCAACACAACCUUCCCAAAAUGGCACUGUCAAAAAAAAAAAAGUGGACACGGAGUGCAGGGUUUUCCAGGAAAAAUGGACUGAGAAUUAUUUAUUCACAGAAGUGAAGACAAAACCAGUGUGCUUGGUUUGUAAUCAGCAAGUUGCAGUGUUCAAAGAAUUUAAUAUUCGGCGCCACUACGAGACUCAUCAUAAAGACAAGUAUGACCACUUGAAAGGACAAAUAAGAAAAGACGAGAUAAACAAAUUGGUCGCUGGUCUGAAGAAACAGCAGUCUGCUUUUACGUGCAGCCGCGAUAUCGCUGAUGGGGCUGUAAGAGCCAGCUACAUUAUUGCCAACGAGCUGGUGCAGGCAUCCAAGCCAUUUGCUGAUGGGGAGUUUGUAAAAACAUGCAUGCUGAAGGCUGCAGAAGUCGUGUGCCCUGAAAAGAGACCUGCCUUUGCCAAUAUUAGUCUAACGAGGAACACUGUCGCAGAUCGGGUGACAGAACUCUCAAGUGACUUGAGCAGCCAAUUGAAAGAGAAAAUCAAAUCAUUUAUCGCAUUUUCAAUUGCAAUAGAUGAGAGCACCGAUGUCACAGAUAUUGCUCAACUGGCCAUAUUCAUUAGAGGUGUUGAUGAAACUUUGACCAUCACCGAGGAGCUGCUUGAAUUGGUGCCCAUUAAUGACACCACAACAGCAGAGGACAUUUUCAGCGCUCUCGUUGGAGCGCUGGACAAGGUGGAGGCGGACUGGUCCCGUGCUGUGAGCCUGGCGACCGACGGUGCGCCAUCAAUGGUGGGGAGAAAGGCAGGCGUUGCCACAAAAUUCCGUGACAAAGUACAGACCGCAAAUGGAGGACAGGAGUUUUGGGCAUUUCACUGUAUUUUGCACCAGGAGGCGUUAUGUUGCAAAACACUGCAAAUGGACCAUGUUAUGAGCGUGGUUGUGAAAACUGUCAAUUUCAUCAGAGCUCGCGGUCUAAAUCACCGCCAGUUUGACUCAUUUCUCAGUGAUCAUGACAUUCGUGCUGGCCUACCAUACCACACUGACGUGCGCUGGUUAAGCAGAGGUGCAGUACUCAAGCGCUUCUUUGAGCUACGAGGCGAAAUUGUGGGAGACGCAGCUAUCCAGCGGUGACACCACGCACUUCUCAUGUCUCACAGCUGUGCGUCCGAAGGCACCGGAUCGUCCCGAUUUGGAUAAAUAUAAAGACAACAUAACAGAUUUGCUGUGAGAGUUUGAGCGGAGGUUUCAGGUUUUCAGUGAACUUGAGAACAAGUUCGGCUUUUUUUCGCUCGCCAUUUACAGUGAAGCCUUCUGAUGUGCCAGCGGACAUUCAGCUCGAGCUUAUUGACUUGCAGUGCGAUUCCGCUAUGAAGGAUAAAUUUGGGUCCGUGGGAUUGGAUACGUUUUAUCAGUAUCUUGUGCCAGGUUACCCCAAAUUAACAGCCAUGACUGCAAAGGUUCUCUCCAUGUUUGGGACUACUUAUCUUUGUGAACAGGUGUUCUCCGUGAUGAACAAUAAUAAAACAAAGCAGCGCUCAAGGUUGACAAAUGAACACUUGAAUGACAUUGUUAAAUGUGCUGCUACUCAGGAUUUGACACCUGAUAUCGACGCACUUGUAAAGGCAAAAAGAUGCCAAGUUUCAGGAGCCAGCAGCAGCAAGUAGACUGCAGGAGUGCAGUGAGAGAGAGAAAAAAAGUGUGAUGACACGACAUUUGUUUGCACUCAUGAAUACAGAUCAUUAAAAAUAAGAUUAAUCUGGUUUCAUAUUAAAGACAAUUAAUAUUGUGCAGUAUAUUCUCAGCUUCAGUAGGCCCAGCCCAGUAGUUUGAGCUGAUGUAGUCUAAUCUUAUUGCCCAUGCACUGCUAAAACUUUUAUUUUGUAUUUUUAUUUAUUAUUAUUUCAAAGCAGUAUGACAAUUAAGGCAAAACAUUUUUUUUCAUAGCUCCCACUUGAGUUUGUUUAGUGUGGUGAGUUGGUUCAGGUGUAAAACUGCAUUCACUCAACUGUUAAAAUAAACCAGUUGUUAACACAUUCAAUGCCAAA